AUGGAGCGAGCUCAAGCUACUAACAUCUCUAUCCUCGUUGUUGGAGCUGGGAUUGCUGGACUCACGUUCGCCAUCGAGGCAUAUCGCAAAGGACACGAUGUCCGUUUGUUCGAGAGGCGACCUACCGCAGAAACCGAAGGCGAAAUGAUACUGAUCCUUCCUCACGCACUGCGUACUCCUAGCCAAUGGCCAGGCUUCAUGGAGCGGGCCAACAGGGAAGCGCUCCCUACCCGGUCCGUCUACCGGAAACACGAUGGAACCGUUGUUUUGGACACCCACUUUGAGGCGAACCAGGGACAUAUUCUGGGCAUCUAUCGCGGCGCUCUGCACAAUUUGCUCUAUAUGUACAGCCAGGAACUAGGUAUUCCGAUCGAGUUCUCCGCCUCAGUUUCUAAGUUUGACGAGACGAAUGGCAAGGGCAGCAUCACUCUCGUUGAUGGUCGCAAUUUUACUGCAGAUGUCGUUGUCGCUGCUGAUGGGGUUGGGACGAAGUCUUGGGAAGUAGUCGUGGGCAACAAAGAGACUCCCGUAAGCUCAGGGUUUGUUCUUUACAGAAGAUCUUAUCCUGAAGAGGUGGGCAUGCAAGAUCCAGACAUCGCGAGGGAGUUUGGUGAUACCAAUAUUGGCGGAUGGAUGACUUUCGGUCCGGAUGCACAUUGUGUCGUUGCACACGCUCAGGGUAAAUUCAGCUAUUUGCUGACUUGUUCCGACAAAGAUUCCGGCAAUACUGAAGAUUGGCAAAAGUACGUACCGGUUGAGCGUGCCCUUAACAUUGUUAAGGGAUGGUCGCCUGGCCUCGUGAAGCUUAUCGAGAAAUCGCCCGAUCGACAGAUGUUGGAGUGGAAGCUAAUGUGGCGGGAUCCCCAACCGCAAUCGGUCUCACCACGCGGUCGCAUAGUGCAGAUCGGAGAUGCUGCACAUCCAUUCUUGCCAACUUCAGCCAAUGGAGCAUCCAUGGCAAUGGAGGACGGCUACACUUUGGCGGCCUGUCUACAGCUCGGAGGAAGCGGUAAUAUCCCGCAAGCGACUAAGGUGUUCAAUCACCUCAGGUUCGAGCGCGUAUCAUGCGCGCAGAAACAGGGAUUUAAAUUCCGUGAAGUCGUUCACAAGCUGGACCCUGAUUAUGUCAAGGAUCAUCCGGAGCUUCUAGAGAGCAUGUCCAAAAACUGGACGACGACGCACAAUGCAGAGAAAUAUGCAUACGACAAUUAUGCUAGUUGUGUGGAACACUUACAGCAUGGGACACCAUUCAAGAAUACGAACAUUCCACCUGGCUACACAUACAAGCCAUGGACGGUAAAAGAGCUUUUGCGCGCCUCAGAGCUAGGCUUACCGGACGAAGAUGAAGGUCAGUGGCUAUAG